CCGGUCUUUUUUUCCCCUCACAAGUUUCCAAAUAAAGCACGUCCCAGGCACAGACAGGGUCUGUGAUUCCUGCCAGGAGUAACUCGCCUAAGCACAAAACGAUGCUGAAAUUUGUGAUAGUAUCCCUUUCCGUGGGCUUUGUGGUGGGCAGCUCAGUUCACAGAGGGGGACAUCUGGACAUCACCGAGACCCUGGAGGAGCAUGUGGCGCAGGGACAAACCACUUUAAACGAGAUGUUCAAGGAAGUGGAGAAACUUAUGGAGGACACACAGCAAAAACUAGAAGAGGCUGUUCACCAGAUGGAGAAUGAGUCUUCAAAAUCGCUGUUACAUAGACGCAACUUUCCUGCCAGUUUUCACAAUGAAACUACAACAGAGAUCAAGGUUGGAAAUCGGACUGUUCAUCUGAUAGAGAGAAUCGACAAGGAAACGGUUAAUAAGACUGGAAAGACUCAUUUUUCUAGAACUCUCAUUCAGAACAUUGAGCGGUGGAAUGAAGUAGAUCACGAGUGCACAAAGGAUGUGGAGUGUUGUGGAGAUCAGCUGUGUGUGUGGGGUGUUUGCGCUCAGAACAGAACCAAAGGGCAGUCAGGAACCAUCUGCCAGUACCAGAGCGACUGCAGUCCUCAACACUGCUGCGCCUUUCACAAAGCCCUGCUUUUCCCCGUGUGCCGCCCCAAGCCACAGGAAGGCCAGGCCUGCCACAGUCACCCCAAUCAGCUGAUGGAUCUGUUACUGUGGGACGAGGAGGGGCCGCAGGAGCACUGCCCCUGUGCUACAGACCUGCACUGCCAGCCUCUCAAGAAUAAAUCAGUGUGUGUAGAUGAGAGGAAUGCUUCUGGUGCAGGAAAUGCAGACUGAUUGUUCCCAGUGAAACUGAAUUUUCAUCGUUAUUGGAAUCUGUAAUUUUGUCUUUAUUUGUAACCUUAAAGUGCCUUCUUUCUCGUCCUAAUUUAUUGGAAGAGCUUUAAUUAAUAACUUUUUUUGGUGUGAUUUGUAUGCCACUACUACCGACAACAAAUAAAAUUACAAAAUUAAUGUUUUUUAAAAAAGUAUAUUUUGAUAAUGACAUCGUUCUGAAUAUGUGGACAUAGCUGGGCAUUAUAUUC